GGCCAACCCAAAACACGGACAUUAUCGCGUUGUGUGAAUGGUUCUGUGCUCACAGCUGACCGCUGUUUGCAGAAAUGCACUAGGCCAGACGCUAGCAGGACAGUGCAGUCCAGGCGAUAGAGGUCCAGAGAGAAAGCUACUGUCAGCGUGGAGUCAAGAGGACACAGCCUGGAACAACUGUGUUUAUUUCUACAGUGCAAGAAAUGUCAGCGUCACGCCUCGCUGCUCCGUGUUAGCUUUUUUGGACUAAAUACCAAUGGCAAAAUCCAAACGAGAGUAAAUAACAGACGACAUCUCCAGAAAAGGGUUAGCUUAGUUUCAAUGUUAUUGUCAACUAAAAUCCCCCUUCGGCUACAAUGUCCUGUUCAGGAAACCUGGUUUGGGACGUUAAUAAACGUGUAAUUGGAUACAACGAGCCUUACACCAUCAGGACCAACUAUUUAGGUAGGAGAGAGUUUGUCCAGAGGCUUAAACUUGAAUCAACCCUCAAUGUCCAUGAUGGCUGUGUCAAUACUAUCUCAUGGAAUGAUACAGGAGAGUACCUGCUGUCAGGAUCUGAUGACACCUUUUUGGUUAUUUCAAAUCCAUAUAAUAAAAAAGUUAAGAAGUCUAUACGUUCAGGUCAUCGAGCAAACAUCUUCAGUGCUAAAUUCAUGCCCCACACAAAUGAUCAGGAGAUCGUGUCGUGCUCUGGAGAUGGCAUCAUCUACUACACCCAUACAGAGAAGAGCCCUGAACUCAACCGGCAGUGCCAGUUCACCUGUCACUAUGGAACUGCCUAUGAGAUUAUGACAGUACCAAAUGACCCCUACACUUUUUUGUCAUGUGGAGAAGAUGGCACAGUGCGGUGGUUUGAUCUUCGCACAAAAACAAGCUGCACUAAAGAAGACUGUAAAGAUGACAUUCUGAUAAACUGUCGGAGGGCUGCCACUUCCAUCUCCAUCUCCCCCCUGAUGCCCUUCUAUCUGGCUGUGGGCUGUUCUGACAGCUCAGUGCGCAUUUAUGACAGGCGCAUGCUGGGAACCAGGGCGACAGGAAACUACAUGGGGCGUGUAAAUACAGGCAUGUGUGUGCGGUUUGUUCCUGCUCACCUGUCCAACAAGUCGUGCAGAGUCACCUCACUGUGCUACAGUGAAGAUGGUCAGGAGGUGCUGGUCAGCUACUCCUCGGACUACAUCUAUCUGUUUGACCCCAAAGAUGACCAGGCACGAGAGCUCAAAGGCCCUUCAGAGGAGAGGAGGGAGGAGUUGAGGCAGCCCCCAGUCAAGCGGCUGCGUCUAAGAGGAGACUGGUCUGAUACUGGGCCACGCGCUCGCCCUGAGAGUGAGAGGGAGCGAGAUGGGGAGCAGAGUCCAAAUGUGUCGCUAAUGCAGAGGAUGUCUGACAUGUUAUCCAGAUGGUUUGAAGAGGCAAGUGAGGCACAAAGCAGCAGAGGAGCCCGGCCUCAGGCUCGGCCCAGAGGAACAGCUAUCCGUCCAGAAGGUCCCUCGAGUGCACCUGGUGCUGCGUCAGGGUCCGAUAUAGGUGCAGGUGCAGCGGCUGCAGACACAGAGUCUUCAGAGGUCUCCUCUGCUCCUGCCACUGAAGCACUCCACACAUCUUCAUCUUCCUCCUCAGCAUCUUCAUCCACGGUCACAGCCCCUCCCCCAUCCACCUCCACGUCCUCGCCUACAUCUUCCCCCGACUCCCCUGAGCAGAGGAGUCAGGACACCGCCGGGACCCCCACUCCGACCGCCACACCCACCUCUGAACCAGCUCUCUCAGCCUCUUUGUCAGAGUACGGCCCACAUCGGCUGCCCAUAAGUUUAGUGUGUAGGCGUUUGCAGAGGCUGCUCCGGCUGGCCGACCCUCCGGGCAUGAGCCAUCGAGCGGCUGCUGCUGCUGCCGCCGCCGCCGCCGCCUCCUCCUCCUCCUCUUCUUCUUCUUCUGCUCCCUCUGCUGCCUCUGAGAGACAGGCUCAAAGAACUACAGCAGCCCAAAGGCCCCCUAGUGCAGAUUCUCCCUCGUCUGUGGUAAACAAACAGCUUGGAUCCAUGACUCUAGAUGAACAGCAGGGAGCAGCCGAACCUCCAGCAUCUACCCCUGAUGAGCCCACACCUGUGCCCAGCAGCAGUGGUCCUGGGCGGAGUGUGGGGGCAGAGCCUGUCCUCAGCCUCCACUACAGCUCUGAGGGAACUACCACCAGCACUAUUAAGCUGGACUUCACAGAUGAGUGGAGCAGUAGUACAUCAAGUUCAAUGGGUAGUGGAGCUCCAAAACCUCCUGAGUCUGCAGCUGUGACCCGAGAAAAAGAGAGCUCUGUUUCAAAACCAAAGCCCUCUGAUUCAGGUGAGCAAAGUGGUUCCACGUCUGGCACAGAUCCUUCAGGCACCACUCCCCCCAGCACUUCAGCUCAGGGCCCAUCGGAGGGCUCCUCUGAGGGGGGCAUCUCUUCAGCCCAGGAGAGUCAGCCUGAGGGAGUGGUGGAGGACACAUCAGGGGGCUGCAGAAGAGCUGAACCCGCCACGGAGGGGGAGGGGCAGGAGGCGGGACAGAGCCAGAGCCAACCUACUCGCCCCAACCAGGACUCUGACGACAGUGAUGAUGACCCUAUCCUCAUACCCUCUGUGAGGUUCAGAGGACAGGGACAAAGAUUUAAUUCCAGAGGAUCUGCUGUAGGAGAUAGAAUGAUCAGGCGCUCUGCAGCCGCUCGCAUCCAAGAGCUGUUUCGCCGCAGGAAAGAGCGGCGGGAGAUGGAGGAGAGCGAGACGCAGAACAUCAGAAGGCCUUCCGUCAAAAUGGUGUACAAGGGCCAUCGCAACUCCAGGACUAUGAUAAAAGAAGCUUGUUUCUGGGGAAACAACUUUGUGAUGAGCGGUUCUGACUGCGGACACAUCUUUAUCUGGGACAGGCACACGGCAGAGCACCUCAUGCUGCUGGAGGCUGACAACCAUGUGGUCAACUGCCUACAGCCACAUCCCUAUGAUCCCAUACUGGCUUCUUCAGGGAUUGACUAUGAUAUCAAAAUUUGGUCACCUCUGGAGGAGUCUCCAAAUUUCAACAGGGUUCUUGCAGAUGAGGUAAUCACUCGAAAUGAACUGAUGCUGGAGGAAACGAGAAACACAAUCACAGUCCCUGCUUCUUUCAUGCUCCGAAUGCUGGCCUCCCUCAAUCAUAUCAGAUCAGAUCGACUUGAGGGCGACCGCUCCGAAGGUUCAGGACAAGAAAAUGAGGACGAGCAGUAGCCUGAAUUUUGAGUUUGAAUUUUUGUUGUUGUAUAGCACUUGAAAAACCCAGGAUUUGUUAAGUUUAGUGUAGAUUACCUCCUUUUGAAAAGCAGUGUAAUUUCUAGCCUCCUUUUUUAAAACGUAUUUCUUACCAAGUGUCUGUAUACGUUUGUGUGAAUGCAGUAGCGGGAUGGUGGUAUGUUAUACUGGUUGAGAGUACAAUGGCUAUGUCUGAUGUGCAAUAUUGUUUUGUUUGGAGAAGGUGAGCGUUGAACAGUGUUAUUGUGUGAAGUUCUGAGCACAAAACUAAAGGUGUUGUGUGCUGCUCCAGGAGUAACGCAUGUAACGGAGUUUACAUAAACUAUAAAUGGAGAAUGCUUUAAUUUCUUUAAGAAAAAAAUAUAAUGGCUCUCCAAAGGGUAAUGUCAAUAAUACUUUUACAUGGUUUGAAAAAAAUAAAGUCAAAUGCACUAAAAC